AUGGGUUUAUAAUAAAAAAAAUAAUUUUUAAAUUUAGAAGAUUUUGUAAAUUCUCAGCUAUCAUCUCACACUAAUCUUGAAGUAAAUCUGAUUAUCAAUUAAAUUGAUGAAUAGAAUGUAUAAGUUUUAGCAUCUGCUUUAGCGAAAUGUGUCAAUCUCUCAAUUUUGACACUUGAACUUGGAUAAAAUUAAAUCGGAGACUAGGGAUUAAAAUACUUAGGAUCUGCUCUAUCAAAGUGUUCUAAUCUAUCAAUUUUGACACUCUAACUUUAUAGAAACUUAAUUGGUGGAUAAAGUGUUUUGGAUUUAGGCUCUGCUUUAAUAUAGUGCACUUCUCUUUCAGCUUUUACUCUUAACCUUUGGCAGAAUUCAAUAUGUGACUAAGGAGCAUCAAAUUUAGGCUCUGCUCUAUAAAAGUAUGAAAAUCUUUCAACUUUAAUACUUAAUUUAGGUAGCAAUUCAAUCGGCUAAUAAGGAGCAUUCAACUUAGGUAAAGCUAUAGCGAAAUGUACUAAUCUCAAAUCUUUGACAUUGUGGCUCUUUAGCAAUUAAAUUGGCUCUUAGGGUGCAUUAGAAUUAGGCUCUUCUCUAACAAAGUGCUUUAAUCUUUCAAUUCUAACUCUUGACCUUAGUAACAAUUAAAUUGGCAACUAAGGUGCGUCAGAUUUAGGCUUUGCUAUUUCAAAAUAUUCUAAUCUCACAUAAUUUACUCUAAACCUUGUAUAAAAUUCUAUUGGUGACUAAGGGGCAUCGGACUUAGGUUAAGCUGUAUAAAAAAUCUCUAAUAUAUCAACCUUUUCCCUCAACCUUAGUAAUAACUCAAUUGAUGCAAAAGGCGCAUAAGAUUUAGGUUUUGCCUUAUCAAAGUGCCCUAGACUUUCUUCUUUGACACUUAGCCUUUCAUAAAAUUAAAUUGGUGACUUGGGUGCCUCAAAUUUAGGUUCCGUCUUAUCUUAGUAUUCCAAUCUGUCUUCUUUAAAUCUUAUCUUAUCUAGCAAUUAAAUUGGUGCUCUGGGUGCAUCCGAAUUAGGAUAUGCUUUAUCAAAGUGCUCUAGUCUCUCUGUUUUAAAACUUGACUUUUGGGACAAUCAUUUCUUGAUAAAAAAUUUAAGGAUUAAAGUUCUUAAAACAAAGAGAUUAGUGAAGAUGCAAAUUGAAUAAGAUUGA